CUAUUCCCCAUGAAAGAAUGACCAAAAAGGAGAUGGGUAAGCCUCUGGUUGCACGCACCUCCAAACAGGUGGAUAACAUCAAUUUUCUGCUGGAGAUCUUGCUUGAUAGACAAAUGGCCGAGGAGUUUGUGGAUCUGUGGGUAAAUCAAGGAAAUUUGCUAAAACUUCAUGAAAGAGCAUCUCUCAUGGUUAGGUAUGAGCUAAGCCGCGUUUCAGUAAUUUUAUUCAUCGCAAUGGGUACAAGAAAGUCGCAUUCUUCGGAGGCCGUGUCGGGGCUUCUUCAAGCAUGGUUUGAGCCAAUGCUAUUGGAUUUUGGUUGGCUGCAAAGAUGCAAAAAGGGACUUGACAUGAAGGCAUUGGAGGAAGCAAUGGGUCAGACCCUCCUUACACUUUCUUUGAAGCAACAGUAUGUUCUAUUUAUGAAGUGGUUCCAAUGUUUCUCGAGGAAUGGCAGUGAAUGUCCAAAUCUGAGCAAGGCCUUCCAGAUUUGGUGGCGCAGAUCUUUUCUUAGGGGCUCUGAAACACAUGCUGUUGAAUCUAGGUAACUCCAAGUAAUAUUCUUUUAAUCUUUUGGUGCCCAUUUUGUGUGUGAAAUUAGCAUUAGUGUAGAGCAUGAAAGAUUCAUAAAUAUGUGGAAGAGAUUAAUAAUGUGGAAUCUAUAUGGAAUUUUUG